UUCUUGCCCAACUUCAAUUCAGGAGGAAGCUCAGUCACAGAACAAGCAAGUGUGGCAUUGCCUCAGAGAAAAAGAGCUUGUAGAGACAGGUCCCAGAGAGAGCCAGCCCAGAUAUUUUCAAACAAGGAACCUCCUUCAUAAUACAUCAUACAUUCUAAGACUUUCAAGUACAGAAGAAAGGAUCUGCUUCACCACAGACCACCAGAUACAAUGUAUCCAGCAGACCCCUUGUGAGUAAAGCAGGAAGAGUCUUCUCUACGACAUGAUGCACAGGGACAAUGCAGGUCCUGUCUGCAGCCUGAAAUUUGUGACUCUUCUGGUUGCCCUAAGUCCAGUACUUCUACUCCUGGGAGCCAGAGUGCAGCUUCAAGACAAUGGGUAUGAUGGAAUACUUAUUGCAAUUAAUCCUCAGGUACCUGAGAAUCAGAACCUCAUCCCAAACAUUAAGGAAAUGAUAACUGAAGCUUCUUUUUACCUAUUCAAUGCUACAAAGAGAAGAGUGUUUUUCAGAAAUAUACAGAUUUUAAUACCUGCCACAUGGGAAGCUAAUAAUUACAGCAAAGUAGAACAAGAAUCAUAUGAAAAGGCAGAUGUCAUAGUGACUGAUUGGAAUGGGGCACCUGGAGAUGACCCAUACACCCUGCAAUACAGAGGAUGUGGAAAAGAAGGAAAAUACAUUCAUUUCACAUCUAACUUCCUACUGAAUGAUGACUUAACAGCUGGCUAUGGAUCACGAGGCAGAGUGUUCGUCCAUGAAUGGGCCCAUCUCCGUUGGGGUGUGUUUGAUGAAUAUAAUAAUGACCAACCUUUCUAUCUAAAUGGGCAAAAUCAAAUUAAAGUAACAAGGUGUUCGUCUGAUAUCACAGGCAUUUUUGUGUGUGAAAAAGGUCCUUGCCCCCAAGAAAACUGUAUUAUUAGUAAGCUUUUCAAAGAAGGAUGUGUGUUUAUCUACAACAGCACCCAAAAUGCAACUGCAUCAAUAAUGUUCAUGCAAAGUUUAUCUUCUGUAGUUGAAUUUUGUAAUGCAAGUACCCACAACCAAGAAGCUCCAAACCUACAGAACCAAAUGUGCAGCCUCAGAAGUGCAUGGGAUGUGAUUGCAGACUCCACUGACUUCAAUCGCAGCUUUCCCUUGAAGGGUUCUGAGCUUCCACCUCCUCCCACUUUCACUCUUCUACAUGCCAGUGACAAAGUGGUCUGUUUAGUGCUGGAUGUGUCCAGCAAGAUGGCAGAGGCUGACAGACUCCUUCGACUGCAACAAGCAGCUGAAUUUUACUUGAUGCAGGUUGUUGAAAUUCAUUCUUUUGUGGGCAUUGUCAGUUUCGAUGGUAAAGGAGAGAUCCGAGCCCAGCUACAACAAAUUAACAGUGAUGAUGACCGAAAGCUGCUGGUUUCACGUCUGCCUACCACUGUGUCAGCUGAAGCAGAAACCAGCAUCUGCUCAGGGCUUAAGAAAGGAUUUGAGGUGGUUGAAAAACUGAAUGGCAAAGCUUAUGGCUCUGUGAUCAUAUUAGUGACCAGUGGAGGUGACGAGCACAUUGGCAACUGCUUGCUCACUGUGUUCAGCAGCGGGUCAACCGUCCACUCCAUUGCCCUGGGCUCAUCUGCGGUGGGAAAACUGGAGGAAUUAUCACAUCUUACCGGAGGUUUCAAAUUCUAUGUUCCGGAUAAAUCAAACUCUAAUAGUAUGAUUGAUGCUUUCAGUAGAAUUUCCUCUGGAACUGGAGACAUUUUUCAGCAGAGUAUGCAGCUUGAAAGUAUGGGUGAAAAUGUUAGACCUUACCAUCAAUUGAAAAACACUGUGACUAUGGAUAACAGCAUGGGCAAUGACACUAUCUUCCUAGUCAUGUGGCAGACCAGUGGUCCCCCUGAGAUUGUAUUACUUGAUCCUACUGGAAGAAAGUACUCCACAAUUAAUUUUAUCACCAAUCGAACUUUUCGGACAGCUAGGCUUUUGAUCCCAGGAACUGCCAAGCCUGGGCACUGGACAUACACCCUGAACAAUACACACCAUUCUCCUCAGGCCCUGAAAGUGACAGUGGCCUCCCGCGCCUCUAGCUCUGCUGUGCCCCCAGCCACUGUGGAAGCCUUUGUGGAAAGAGACAGCACCUAUUUUCCUCAUCCCAUGAUAAUUUAUGCAAGUGUAAAAAAAGGGUUUUAUCCCAUUCUUAAUGCCACUGUCACAGCGACGAUUGAGCCAGAGAUCGGAGAUCCUGUCAUGCUGAAACUUUCUGAUGAUGGAGCAGGUGCUGAUAUUAUAAAAAAUGAUGGAAUUUACUCGAGGUAUUUUUUCUCCUUUGCUGUAAAUGGUAGAUAUAGCUUGAAAGUGCAUGUCAAUCAUUCUCCCAGCAUAAACACCAUAGCCUCUAUCCCAGGAAGUCAUGCUAUGUAUGUACCAGGUUACAUAGCAAAUGGUAAUAUUCAGAUGAAUGUUCCAAGAAAACUAGUGCACAGAAGUGAGGAGGAGAAAAAGUGGGGCUUCAGCCGAGUUAGCUCAGGGGGCUCCUUUUCAGUGAUGGGAGUUCCAACUGGCCCCCAUCCUGAUGUGUUUCCACCAUGCAAAAUUAUUGACCUGAAAGCUGUAAAAAUGGAAGAGGAAGUGACCCUAUCUUGGACAGCACCUGGAGAAGACUUCGAUCAGGGGCAGGCUACAAGCUAUGAAAUAAGAAUGAGUAACAUCCUACAGCAUAUUCAAGAUGACUUUAACAAUGCCAUUUUAGUAAAUACAUCAGAACUAAAACCUCAACAAGCUGGCACCAGGGAGAUUUUUACAUUCUUACCCAAACUUUUCAUAAACGGACCUGGACAUCAACCUGAUGGAGAAACACAAGAAAAUCACAGAAUUUACGUGGCCAUGAGAGCAAUGGAUAGGAACUCUUUAAAGUCUGCUGUAUCUAAUAUUGCCCAGAUAUCUUUGUUUAUUUCCCCAAACUCUGCUCCUGUACUAGGAAGAGAUUCUCUUAUAUUGAAAGGAGUUUUAAUAGCAAUAAUUUUGAUAGGAAUCAUUUGCCUUAUUAUAGUUGCAAUGCAUUAUACUUUAAACAGGAAAAAGAGAGCAGACAAGAAAGAGAAUGGAACAAAAUUACUAUGAAUGAAUAUAUAGAGUACUUUCCUUCUUAGAUAAAAGCCACAUGGCCUUUGCACUUUGCAAAUAUACACCCUCAAAGUGAAAUUAACUUAAAACUAUAUUAAAAUUCAUUAUGUUUUUAUACAAUACAGAUCUUAUUUUUACAUAGUUAUUGGACAUAUUUUCAUAAUAGUCAUUUUCAGAGAUGAGUUAGAAAACCCUUAGGCUUCAGUUACAGGAAAAUAACAUUAAUUAUUUUUCAAGGUAAUGUCUUUAAAGGUAAAUGCAAGGGCAGAAUUGAAUCAGAGUCAAGAAAAGAUGGUUUUAUUGAAGUGGAAAAAUAAUUCCAAGUACAGAAAAAGGAGUUAGGUCUGAAUUAUGCAGUGUAACUGUCUAUAUAAGGCAAUUGUUUAGUUACUUUGAUUAAUCUUUCAUUUUUCCUUAUCCGUGCAGAGCAGGUUGCUUGUUUAUGACUGACACUCAAGCUACAUCUUAUAUAUGAAACCACUACUAUAAAGUUCUUUAUCUCUUACCAUUUGGUUAAAUGUAAUACAGAUCAAAUCCCACCACUAAUGUUCAGAGAUCUUUUUUUCACAGUAAGAGGUAACCUUAAAAUGUGGCUUUUAUCCUUGUCUCUUCAUACUGGUUUUCUAACAAAGGUUCAUUGAAUUUAUUGUUUAUAAGUUUCUAUUCCCAUCAAAGCGGCUUUCCAAGUUAUUGCCUUGGGAACAAUUGAAUGAAAAUGGUUUUAUCUUUCAUAGACUUUAAGGAAUGAAAGUCAUUAUUCUGUGCUUAUUUUAAUACAUAUAUAGACCAUACACUUUUAUUCUAUUUCAACCAAAGAAGAGGUCAUGGGGAAGAGACUGACCUUUGGAAAUGACUAUCAUAUUCUAUCCUGUGGCUAAAUAAGAGUCUAGAAUCCUUUCUCCAUCUAGGGCAGGGGAAAAGGGCAGUACAGACCACAACAAAAUAAAAAUCUCUUUUCACCUAACUUUACUUUCUCUCAGUUUUUAAAACAGUACUGACCAAAGAGCUUAAAAUUUUAUUGAAUAAAUAUGAGUAAUAAUGUAGAAGAGGUCUUGGUUUUAUAACCAGGACCAAUUAAAAAUGAAAAUUAGAUCAGUUUUUGGUAAUAGGGAGGGAAAUGUGGUGAGUUGGGACUGGAGGAGAACGCCUGAGGAGGGAUUCAGCAGGGAUGGAGAGAAAGCAACCAUCAAAUCUCUCUGCCCAGGCUACCUGCAGAUAAUUUACACUGCAGCCCACAUCUGACCUGUUACCUUCUGAGUCUCAUGGUGCCUCAGUCUUCAAGGAAGGAGCCUCAAGACUCUAGCAGUUCCCAGCUUGACACUCAGUCCCUCCUCCCUCUAUUGCUAUUACACCCACUAGUCUGGAAUUUGCUUCUCUGUGGUUUAAAAAACAGCUAGUAACAUACAGUCAGGUCUCUGAUGGGUUUCAAGUCCUCAUAUAUUUUCCUUCUUUUACAGACAGAAAGAGAAACAGUUAAAUGAGUAAUCAAAGCUCUGUGCUGGUGAAUGCAGAGCUAUACAUAAUAGAGCCAGGUUCCUGGACUGCUCCUUUACUCUGCCUAUUUAAGAAGAUCCCAGGGUUAGGCCUUAAAAUUCUUAACUAUUUUAAGAUCAAUUAACAGGGGAGAGAAUCUAGCUUUAAAGUAACUUGAUUUAUUUGCUUUUUUUUUUUUCCCCUUCUGCUGUGUCUGUGGAGGAAUGGAACAAAUAGACUUCAGUCUAGGACUUAGUUAAGUGUAAGAGAGAAAAGUAAGGCAUAGCAAAGAUGUAAAUGUCAUAAACAAACAUAACAGGAUAGAAAAUGUAAUUUCAUGAAGGGGGUCAGAAUAGGAAGAUGCUGAUUUAGAGAUCCCAGCAAUCAAUAGGACAGAGUCAUUGUAAAGGCCCUGAUAUUGAAUAAAUAAUAAUAAUAAGAAGAAGAAUAGAGAAGAACUGAGCCAAAGAGAAUGAGGAACUAUGAAGUGUUAGUUACCAACUUGAGAAUAAUGUUGGGACGCAACAUGAAUAAUAACAUUAUUGAAGGUUUGACCAUGAAUUGCAAGAGCAGGAAAAAAGUGAACUAGAAGCUAAGUUAUCUGAGAGAAGGAAGAGAAGUCAAAGGAAUGAAAAUAAUAGAGGAAAGUAUUAUUGUCCUUAAAUGUCAGAAUAGACUUUGUUCUGUAGUGGAUAGAAACUUGUUCUGGAAAUUGAAAAGGAUAUUUUCCCAUGUUUUCCCCAACUCUUUUCGUGAUAGUAGAGUAAGAUUAAAUCUCAAUGAGAAAUAGAGAAAAGUAGGAGAGAGGAUAUUUUUCAAUGACUGUUGAUGUAGCUGGCACACUGAGCAGGUGGUUGUUUUAUGUGUCCCCUGAAUACCUUUGUACUUGCAUGUCAAUUAUCAAAAGAUCUAUAAAAAUGUAUGUUUGCUUAUACUUUAUCUUUUGAUACAAUGUAAUUAUUCUUGGAAGAGCUGAUCUCUAGAUACUCAUUAAAAAAUAUAACAAAUCCAACAGCAAUAAUGGUAGAGUU